AACAUUAAGUGUAUAUGUCAUUACAAUUGUGUGAUAGUAUAAUUAAUCUGGUGUUAUGGUAUUGACUAUGAAAAUACUUUAAUAACUUGCAUCACCUCCUACGUACUGUACAUUCAAUUUUUAAACAUGGAUAGUUACAUCGUUAUAUCUUUUAUUGGAGAAGGGUCUUUUGGUCGUGUAUUUAAGGCAAAACACAAAGAGUCUGAUGCUAUAGUGGCUCUAAAAGUUAUAAGAAAGAAAGGGAGGUCGCCGAAAGAUUUAAAAAAUUUGAGACAAGAAUGUGAUAUUCAGCGGCAACUCAAUCAUCCCAAUAUAAUAAGAAUGAUUGACAGUUUUGAUACAGAAUCCGAGUUAGUUGUUGUAACAGAAUAUGCUGAGAAAGAGUUACACAGCAUACUUGCUAAGGAAGGUUGCUUAAAUGAAGAACAGGUUAAGAAAAUAACCUGGGAUUUAGUGUCAGCACUAUAUUACUUACAUUCCCAUAGAGUUUUACAUAGAGAUCUGAAGCCUCAAAAUGUACUACUGGAUAGUUCUGGCCGAGCAAAGCUGUGUGAUUUUGGUCUAGCUCGCAUUAUGACUAAUGCUACACAUAUUCUGACUUCAAUCAAAGGAACUCCACUUUAUAUGGCGCCAGAGUUAAUUGACGAAAAACCGUAUGACCAUCAGGCUGAUCUAUGGUCAUUAGGCUGUAUCGUGUAUGAACUCAUGGCUGGCCAGCCGCCAUUUUGUACAAUGUCUAUAUGGCAAUUGGUGCGUAUGAUACGACACAAGCCUGUACAAUGGCCUAGUUUCAUCAGCAUGGAAGCGCGUUCAUUUUUACAGGGUUUAUUGCACAAAGAUCCCGGUAAAAGAAUGAGUUGGCCUGAAAUUUUAGAACAUCCUUUUGUAUUGGGACACAUUCUUAUACUGCCUGAGGAUGUACAGAGUGAAUCACCAUUCACUAAACCACUAACUCAUAGCCAACAGGAGGCGAAACAAAUGCAAAGGGAUAAAAUAAGCAGUAAUACUAAAAAUGCAAAAUCUGAACCUGAGUCCGCCAAAACUGGAAGAGAACAUGACUUACGGAAUGCCAGAGGUGUUAUGCAAGCUAUGGAGUGUGUACCAAUGUCUGAUGAUGAUAGCGUCAGGGCAACAAGUGCAUUCAGUGUUCGUGAUAGUCUUAAAACUGAUGACGAAGACCAAUCGCAACCUAUUACUGCUGUGAAUGCUAAAUUAUUACGUCACGAAUUCAAUGUGAUGAAUAACUCAAAUCUUGUUGUAUGCCAUCUUGAAAGGAACAUGGCACAAUUAAUGGCCGCUAAUCCAAAACAUGAAAAUAAAAUGCAUAAAAUUGAAGAAGAAAAACAUGAUGUUAAUAAAGCAAUUGAUGAAAUUGAAACUUUUAGUGAUGUACAAGAUAUUGUUGAAGUUAAGCAGAAAGUAAAAUCUGUGGAUACAGCAUCCCAUAGCCUUGAGAAUCCUAAAAGUUCAACAAAAUGUAGUAGCGAUGUUAGUUCUGGCUUAAGUAAAAGUGUUCCGCCGUCUUAUAAACAGAAAAUACUGCAAUUUUCAAGGGACAAACUUAGAUUUGGUAGUGGAGGUAAUAGAUUAACACGAAGUAUAAAAAGGUCAUUCCACUUUAGUAGAAGUUUGGAUAAAAAUAAACCGGAAGGACGUCGUACCAGUGAACCGAAUUUAGAAGUUUCAAGUAUCGUAGAUAAAGACAAAGUGGUCAGUUCUAAAGAAGACAAAGAUGAAGAUAUUGAGAAAAUUGAGGUUAUAGAGGAAACUGAAGAUGUUAUUGAAGCUGAUAAUGAUUCCGUUCUUAAAACUGACAAAAAUGUUGAAGUGAAAGAGCCGACAACAAUGGAAUUAGAAGAAUGGGAAGCAUUUCUCAAUUCCAACAUAACUGAGGUCAUGGACGGAGAUGUUGAAUCACUUACACAACUGAACAUGGUGAGCAUGGUGGUGGGUGUGGUGGGGGUGGCGGCGCGAGGUGGGCGUGGAGCGCGCGUGUGCGGCGCGGUGGCGGCGCUGCUGGCGUUGCCCGCGCUCUCACACGCGCUACCUCGACACACGCUGCUCAAUAUACAGGAUGUAUAUUUAGAAGCGAAAGUGGUAUAUAAUUUCGUGGCCGCCAUAAACUCACUGAUGAAAGACUGGAAUGAUAGCGAUAAUGAAGCUGAAGACAGAGUUUGCGGUGCGGGGCGCAUGUUGGAGGUGUGCGUGUGGCUGUGCGUGCGGUCGUGCCGCGCGGUGCGUCAGCUCGCCACCGCGCUCGCCGCACACAGCGCGCACACUGUAUUCACCAAACUACUCACGCUUUCAUCAAGAUCCCCGCGCAUCGUUCAAAACACAGUCGGUCUACUAAUCACGAUUCUCCAGGAUCUCCCAGAGCACGCUGAUGUCGUAGAGAAGAUAUUAUUCGAUGAUUCUUUUAACUUCUUGAACCUUCUAGAACAACCUAGCGAUGCUCUACGCAUGAGAGUUUGUAUACUUAUCAGUUUAUUAUGUACUUUCUCUUGUACAGCUUUCUCAGCGGCCAUGGAAUCUAAAUGGAGUAAGAAAGAAAGCGAUUGCUUAGAAGCUUUGCAUACACAUUGCAAUAUGACACUCAACAGAGCGGCAAGAUUGGCGACUAAAGAGUUGAAUAAUAUGCCAUUUUAUGUUAGCUGAUCUAGACAAUACUUUCGUAUCUCUAAUAUAAGAUAACAUAUUAUAAGACCGAAAACGAGGAAGCGGCCAUAUGAAUUCGCCGAAGUGACCGUUGCCCAUUGACAUCUACAAGUGCGUUGUCUUUUUAUAUUAAUACUAGCUGUCG